AUGGUCCCUCAUAUGAUAGAAGACGCCUUCCUGCCAGGCGAUGUGCCGACAGGUCGACCUGGUGGCGAAAGGCCAACGUUGCCUCCAAGUGAGCGCGGGCUUUCCCUGGACGAAGACAAGCUAAAGCCCAUAGCCAUCGUGGGCUUCUGCUUUCGAUUUCCAGAGGAUGCGGUCAGCCCCCGCGGGUUUUGGGACAUGAUGAUGGAGAAAAGGUGUGCCAUGACAGAAUCCCCCAAGGAUCGAAUCAGUGUGCCUGGGUGGCACCACCCCGACAGCAGGCGGCGAGGCCAGUACCCUUCACGGGGCGCACAUUACUUGAAAGAAGACGUCUCAUUAUUCGAUGCCCCAUUCUUCUCGUUGUCGGCCGACGAAGCGGCGGCCUUAGACCCACAGCAACGGCAUUUGCUGGAGGUGACUUACAGAGCAUUGGAGAAUGCGGGCAUACCCAUGGAGAAAGCAGUCGGAUCGCAGACCUCGGUCCAUGUGGGGUGCAUGAACAGCGAUUAUCGACUGAUGACCUGCAAGGAUGUUGCGAGCAGUGCAGAUUAUGAUGUAGUGGGUAUCAACCAAUGUAUGAACGCCAAUCGCAUUAGCUGGUUCUUUGACUUUCACGGAACCAGCAUGAAUAUCGAUACCGCCUGUUCCAGCAGCUUGGUGGCUCUAGAUUUGGCGUGUCAGUGUCUGCAAAAUGGGGAGACCGAGAUGGGCAUAGUAUCGGGGACGAACCUUCUCCUGUCCCCGGACAUGAUGCAGGUCUUCUCCAACGUGAACAUGCUCUCCCCAGACUCCAAAUGCUACAGUUUCGACCAUCGCGCCAACGGCUAUGGGCGUGGUGAAGGAACGGCGACUCUGGUAAUCAAGCGCCUAGAAACCGCGAUCAAAGACGGCGACACAAUUCGUGCGGUGAUUCGUGCGACCGGGAGCAACUCGGAUGGUCUGACACCGUCGGGGAUUAUGCAGCCCAACGGUUCCGCGCAGGCCAAACUGAUAAGAGAUACCUAUCAGAAGGCAGGGCUGAGUAUGGUGCCCACACGCUUCUUCGAGGCUCACGGCACAGGCACACCGGUUGGGGAUCCGAUUGAAUGCAAUGCGUUAGGAGAGGCUUUCCGCGCCUUUCGAACAACCAAUGACCCCUUGAUUGUGGGCUCUGUCAAGUCUAACAUCGGCCAUCUGGAGGGCGCCAGUGGAGUGGCCGCUCUAAUCAAAACCAUUCUGGUCCUGGAGAAUGGCAUAAUUCCACCAAAUGCAAACUUUGAGAAGUUGAACCCGAAGAUCGACUUGGAGUACCUGAGGCUUAAGCUUCCCCUCGAGGCCACACCAUGGCCAACGCUCGGUCUGCGGAGAGCGUCUGUUAAUUCCUUUGGUUUUGGUGGAUCGAAUGCCCAUGUGGUGUUGGAUGAUGCAUGUCAUUACUUGCAGGAACAUGGGCUCGAUGGGAAUCAUGUCACGACCGAUUUACCUCCAGCCCUAGUAGCAGCAGAUGAACCCCACCGUGUCUUGAGCACGUCUAAGCCGGUCGUCCUAGAACCAACACUCGAGUCGCCAAAGCUCCUGAUGGUUUCUUCAUCAAGCCAGACGGGUUUAAAACAGGUUGCUCUAGGAUACAAAUCAUACUUUGAAGGGCUUACCUUGGCAGUCGACCGCUUCCAAGAGUAUGCAGAUGACCUGGCUCACACCCUGAACACCCGAAGAAGCGCACUUGCAUAUAAAAGCUUUUGGGUAGCAUCUACACCCGCGGACCUCUGUAACGUGGAUAAGGGUACAUCACACAUCUACACGUCGCUGGAGAAGCCCGUCUUAGGCUUCGUCUUUACAGGACAGGGAUCCCAGUGGGCAGGUAUGGGACGAGAGCUGUUCCAGUAUCCGGUGUUUCGAAAUACGAUGGACGAGUGCGAGGCGGACCUACGUGGCUUUGGAUGCCUGUGGUCACUUCGAGCCGAGAUCCUGGACGAUAGUCCCUCGAGUAGAAUCAACGCACCUGAAAUCGCCCAACCUGCAAACACCGCCCUCCAGAUUGCACUAGUCGAAUUACUUGGCGUCAUUGGUGUCAAGCCUGCAGCUGUCAUUGGACAUUCUUCCGGGGAAAUCGCAGCUGCAUAUGCCCUCGGCGCGCUGACUCGAAAUGAUGCGAUGAGGACCGCAUACUUUCGCGGCGUAUGUGCAGCGCAGCUUGCAAGCACCACGACGAGGCCCGGGGCAAUGGUUGCCGUCGGCUUGUCUGAGGCCGAUACGCGGGUGUAUCUGGAGAAGGUGCACAGAAUCCAUAAUCACCCGGGGAUCAAUGUAGCCUGCAUCAACAGCCAGAAGAGUGUGACGGUGUCGGGUGAUGCAGAUCAAGUGGAGACACUCAAGCAUCUGCUGGAUACAGAUGGCGUCUUUGCCCGGAAGCUGAAAAUCUCGGUGGCUUAUCAUUCGUCGCAUAUGGAACAAGUUGCGGACACCUAUGCAGAGUCCAUGGCGGGCCUGUGCACCCGUUCUACCCCCGAAAACAGAUCGAGGGUGAUGAUCUCAUCAGUGACUGGAGAUCGAGCUUUAUUUCAAGAGCUUCAAAACCCGGAUUAUUGGGUCGCGAAUCUCGUUUCCCCGGUGAGGUUUAUGGAUGCCCUUCUUGGCAUAUGCACAGAAUCUGGGCGAAGAAAUGGGAAGAAGCUCGAUGGCAGCCACCGCACACAGUUGGGUGUCAACAUGAUUUUGGAAGUUGGACCCCAUGCUACCCUCCAAGGCCCCAUUCGAGACAUCCUGGACACCCUCGCAUGGGGUCGCGAUGUUCGUUACUCCCCGGUUAUUCGACGAAAGGAGAACGCGGCCUAUGGAUUCCUUCACGCUCUAGGGCACAUUCAUUGUCUGGGCAACACCAUCGAUCUGGUCGCGGUCAAUAGGCUCACUGGCUCGAUGAGAAAGCACCCUCGUGUGUUGACCGAUCUUCCCGAGUAUCCCUUCGAUCAUUCCACCUCCUACUGGCGCGAAGGCCGAUUGAGCAAGAGAAGCCGCUUGGCUACUCGGGGUCGGCACGAUCUCCUAGGAAAGCCAGUGGAUGACUGGAAUGUCUUAGAAGCUCGCUGGCGUCAUCACAUCCGGCUGACAGAGCUUCCUUGGGUAGAGGAUCAUAUAAUCAACGGUGCUCUAAUAUAUCCAGCCGCUGGUAUGCUUGUCAUGGCAGUUGAAGCUGCCGAUCAACUCAGCGAUCCCCAGCGCAGGGUUUACGGAUACUUACUCAGGGAUAUCGAGUUUCAGCGUGCCUUGACAGUACCCAGAACCGCCGAAGGAAUCGAGACAAGCUUGCUGCUGCGCACGAAGUCUGACGGUAGCAAUGUCUCCUCCCCAUGGUUGGAGUUCCGACUUUUCUCAUACGAUAAUGAUGAAUGGCGAGAAAACUGCCAUGGUGAAAUCAAGGUCGACUAUGGAUCCGCAGACGAACUGGCGGAACAGAGUCAUGAACUCGAAGACUGGUUGCAGCAGGAGGCCAGCGUCACAGGAGCCUGCAUCAAGGAAUUCGACCACACCCGCCUAUACAAACGCCUUAGAAAUAGUGGUUAUGAGUUUGGCCCCACGUUUCAAACAGUAUUGAGCGGCAAAUGUAACGAGGAACAUAAGGCAACUGGCUCAGUCAAGGUGUUCCACUGGCCAGCCAGUCAACAUCCCCAAGCUCAUGUCAUCCACCCCACGACCCUGGACGGUAUCCUGCAUUUGAGCUUGGCCGCGAUCGCGGAGAGUGAGGAAGGCGAUAUCUCGGUUCCCACGGCAAUCCCCACGGGCAUCCAGUCCCUAUGGAUUGCAAAAGAGGGAUUGAACGAGUCUUCGGCGGCGACCGUUCAUGCCUCGGCACGGAAGACGAAAAUGAACAGUCGUGGACAUGAGUUCGACAUUGGCGCGACGGACGAGCAAGGCACUCGUGUUCUGGUAAGGAUGAAUGCUCUGCGAUCCACGAUCGUGACAGGCACAGCGAGAGAUACAACCGAGCUUGCAAAGGCCAAGGCGACUACCGCGUAUCAUCUCAGUCGCGUACCGGAUCUGGCCUUGUUGAGCCGGGAGCAAGUGAUGGCAUAUUGUGCCCCGGCGUUUCCUAAUAAGCCCGAUCCCAUCGGUUUCUUCAAGGAACUCAACUUCGUUCUAUACAAGUUCCUCGACGAUGCGGUACAAGCUUUGGAUCGUCUCCCUGAAGACGAGAUUGAUGUCCUACCUCACAUUCGGCGAUAUACCGAAUGGGCUCGUCUACAGAGAACGAAAUAUAUCGCAGGCGAACUGCCCCUCAGCCAGGACGGGUGGGCCACUUAUUUACAGGACCUGCAGCACUUCGAGGCAGCAUGCCAGAGAAUCGCAUCGACGAAUGAUUUGGGUUAUGCAUAUGUCCGCACAGGGCGUAAUCUGCCGAGCAUCCUGCGUGGGGAACUGAACCCCUUAGAAUUCCUCUUCACGGGCGACAUGAUGGCUCGGUGGUAUAGCGAGGUGAACAACCGAGCGGGUUGUUUCAACAGGUGGGCUCUGUACCUCCGGACCCUGGCGAGAAAAAAUCCAGCCAUGCGCAUUCUCGAAAUCGGUGCAGGCACGGGAGGGUCGACGGGGCACAUCUUGAAUGCCCUCUCGGUCGAUGACGAUGAUAACAACCCAUUGUACUUGUCGUAUGAUUACACUGACAUAUCGUCGGCCUUCUUUGAGCGAGCAGCCGAGCGCUACACCAGGUUCCCUCGGCUGAACUUCCGGACCCUUGAUAUUACCAACGACCCAGAGAUGCAGGGCUUCCAGCUCGAGGCCUAUGAUUUGGUGGUGGCAGCCAACGUGCUACACGCAACACCAGACAUUCAGGCGACCAUGCAUCACGUACGAAAGCUUCUGAGGCCGGAUGGUAAGAUCAUGUUGUACGAGAUCACACGUCCCGACAUCAUCCGCUCCGGCUUUAUUGCGGGUCUAAUGGAGGGGUGGUGGGCUGGGAUCGAGGACAAAAGACCAUGGAGUCCAGCGCUCACGGUGUCUCAAUGGGAUUCGGUGUUCAAGGCAUCCGGCUUUACCGGGGUAGAUAUCGAGUUCCCCGAGUUCCUCGACUCGGAAUGUCAGGAGAUGGCGAUUUUGGUAGCAAGUGCCUUGGAAAACACCCCUGAGUCUGCGGCCCAAUCUCCUACCACCCCCAGUUUCUAUUUGGUCCUCGACACCACCUCCGAAAGGCAACAGACACUUCGGGACAGAGUAGAUCGAUCGCUACAGCACCGGUACCCGAGAUCAGAAAUUCAAAGCGGCAGCUUAGAAGAUUGCGCUUCGCGGUCUGUCCUCACGGAAACGACGGUCGUGUUUCUCCAGGAAACCGAGAGACCACUUCUGAGUGAAAUGACCAGCAGGACAUUUGCCCACAUCCAGCAGGUGAUCAACCAUUGCAACUCAAUUCUGUGGGUCACCGCGGGCGGUGGUCAUCGACCGAUGAAGCCUGAAUAUGCAAUUGUGGAUGGCUGGGCUCGCACGUUGAGGAACGAGAAGGCCAGCCGACGCUUUUGUACGUUGGCCUUGGACAUCGACCACGAGAUCCAGUCUUACCAGGCUGAGAGUAUCGUACGCGUUAUUGACAAGGCGGUUUUGGAGCGCAGCGGAGUACAUGAGCAUGAGUUUGUGGAGGUGGAUGGAAUGCUGCAGAUCCCACGGGUUGAGCCCACGAAAUGGUUGACGGAUGAAAUCCACGCAACCUCGCUGCCACAAACAUCAAGCAUCCAACCGUUGAGUAAAGCGGGCCCUGUCAAACUGGCAUGUGCUACUCCUGGCUUGCUUUCAUCGCUGCAUUGGGUGGACGACCAUGAUGCUAAUCAACCUCUGCAAUCGGACGAAGUCGAGAUCGACACUCAAGCAGUCGGCGUCAAUUUUCGAGACGUUCAGAUUGCUCUAGGCCAAGAGCUCGAAGCUUCCUUCGGCCACGAGUGUGCAGGUGUUGUGGCACAGGCUGGCGAGCUCUCCGGCUUCUAUCCCGGCGACCGUGUACUUGUUUUCGGUCCUGGGCGGUUCAAAACCCGGGUUAGGGCUCGGAAGCAUUUCGUCCACCGGAUUCAAGACAGUCUGCCUCUGUAUCAUGCAGCUGGUGUCCCGGCCACAUUUGGUGUCAUGUGGCACAUUCUCGCCGAGAUUGGUCGUCUGCGCUCGAACCAAAGCAUUCUCAUUCAUUCUGCGACAGGUGGCAUGGGUCAAGCGGCAAUCCAAAUCGCGCAGUACAUUGGGGCCGAGGUAUACACCACGGUGAGCACCAGAGAAAAGAAGCAGUGCCUGGUCGAAGAGUAUGGAAUCGCACCGGAUCACAUAUUCUACAGCCGCGAUCCUAGCUUUGCCCGUAGUGUGAUGAAAGCCACCAACACUCGCGGGGUGGAUGUUGCUAUUUGCUAUUCGGGCGGAGAGAUUCAACAAGCGUCGUGGGAGUGCCUGUCACCCUAUGGAUCCUUGAUUCAGGUGGGCAAUUCCGCCGAUGCCGUUGCUUUACGUGCACGGCCAGGCCGGCAAGCCUCUUUCGUUCAAUUUGACAGUCUGCGGUGGAUGAGCGAUCGGCCACACGAUGCCAGGGAGUCCAUCGACACCGUACUGAGUCUCAUGGCUGAGUACCGGCUUCGCAUGCAGACCCCUUGCAGUGCCAAGGAUGCAAGCUCGAUUGAGCAAACGUUCCGCACGAUGCAGGAUGGCGCUUCGAUGGGGAAGACUGUCAUCGACCUUACCGCGAAUGUCGAGGUACCUACCAUGUUGGACACCAAGGCCCCGUUCAAGUUGGAUUCGGAUGCAACGUACGUGAUUGCCGGCGGGCUCGGGGGGCUGGGUCGGACCAUAGCACGAUGGAUGGUCGGCCGGGGAGCUCGAAAUCUGGUUCUUCUGGGACGAUCGGGUGUCAAAACCGGUACGGCUGCAUCGAAACUUGUUAAGGAGUUAUCCGACCAAGGGGUGUACAUUCAUACCCCGCCGUGUGAUGUGAUGGAUGCGGCAUCGGUCCAGCAAGUUCUGCAACAGGUAUCACAGAGAAUGCCGCCCAUCAAAGGUUGCGUGCAAGGGUCGAUGGUUCUGCGAGAUCAAAUGUUCAGUGAAAUGAGCUACGAGGAUUGGCGGGUGUCCGUGGAGUGCAAGGCACUCGGAUCCUGGAAUCUCGAGACGAACCUGCCCCGAGACCUGGACUUCUUUGUCAUGCUCUCCUCCGCUAGUAACGUGAUUGGACUUACCGGACAGUCCAACUACGCGGCGGGAAAUUCAUAUAUGGACAGCCUGGCCCGUUUCCGAGUCGGCGGCGGACAGAAAGCGAUCUCGCUGGAUCUGGGGCCCAUGGUCGACGACGGCAUCCUCGUGGAGACGGAUGGGUUUCUCGACAAGGUGCUCGGGUAUGGAUCUCUGGCCCCGGUUACUCGAGCGCAGCUCCAUGCUAUCCUGGACCAUUACUGCAACCCGAACCGACCUGUCCUGACCCUGGACACGGCACAGCUGGUGUUUGGGAUCUCUGGGGAGAGUGGUGACGGGCACCUACAGAACACAUUAACCCAGAACCCUCUCUUCUACCGACUCCAGCUUGAGAGUAUCCCGGAGAAUUCGUGGUCCCAAGAUCAUGAUCAGGUGGAUUUCAAGAAGCUCUUCCAGGCCACAACCUCUCUACACGAAGCCCGCGAGAUUGUGAGACGAGCGAUCAUUGAUAAAAUGGUCCACUCAUAUCGUCUGAUUGCGGAGGAGGUGGAGGUGGACGUUUACGCGCCUCUCCAUACCUAUCGCGUCGACUCACUGCUGGCAGUGGAGUUGUGUAACUGGAUCGGCAAGGAGUUCGUGGCCGAGGUAGCGGUGCUGGAAGUGAUGGGAGGCGCGACGUUGGCCAUGGUGGACCUUCUGGUGGCGACAAGGAGUCAGCUUCAACAUCCAGCAUGGGAUGAUUGA